GAAUAGUUUAGAGCCUACAAUGAUAUCAGUUAAUGAUAGUGUUGUAUAUACACUUACUCUUAAUUUCUUUUCAUUGCAAGCAUCACAAGUGGGAGAAUAUGUUUGUGGAGCUUCAUUGAUUGAUAGUACUGAUACUAUUAUCUUAACAUCAAACUAUACUAUAUCUGUACAACUACCUACCCCUGUGGUCACAACUAGCCUCAAUACAACAGGACGUAUUUUUGAGAGCAAUGACAUUCAGUUAUUGUGUAUUGUCACUAUUACUCCACUGGAUGUUAAUCAAACUGUUAACAUUAGUUGGUUUGGACCUAAUGGACUCAUUACAAUGAAUGAUACUCGACACGACAUGAGUACUAGAAUGAUCAACUCAGCUAAUUUUGAAAGUAGUUUAACAUUCACUGCAUCUCUAUCAGAUAAUGGAACUGAUUACUAUUGUACUGCUAGUGUUAAACUUGCUAGUGAUGUGAAUGAACUAAUAGUACCAACUACUGCUAGAGCAACUAAUUCUACUGUUAUUGUUGAAAUUGUACCACUACCAAUGAUUUCUUUCAAUGAUGUUGGUAUUCCAGUAACAGGAGAUUCAUUCCAGUUAGUGUGUACUGGAACUGCACCAGCUAAUGUAUCAAGUAUUGCUACUGUUAGUGUUCAAUGGCUCCUUAAUGGUACUGUGUUUACUAAUGAUACACUGGAAGGAGUCACUGUUACUAAUAGUGGGUCUAUGGCCACAUUAUCAUUCAGUUCUCUUAAUGCUUCUACUCAUGAAAGAGAUGAUUAUACUUGUGUAGCUACUCUUAGUAUUCCUGAUGUACCAACAACUGAAACAGCAAGCAUUAUGCAUAGACUUCAGACAUUAACUAAUCCUAUUGUGUCCAUAUUUUCAAGUCAACCUGUGUUUGCUGGUCAGUUGUAUUCAUUAAACUGUACUGUCACAAUAGCAGCUGGAGAUCUCAAUAUAACAUGGCUUGAUGGCAGUGGAAAUGAACUGACAGAAGGAAAUGGAAUAAGUUUUAAUUUAAUAACUAUUUCUGAUACUGUACAAGGAUACAAUUUGAUAUUUAAUUUACUGGACUAUUCAGAUAUUGGAGUAUAUACUUGCCAAGCUAGGCUUACUAUUGAUAGAGGUGUUGAUCUACUUUAUGGAAAUGGUUUUGCUAAUACAACUGUUGGCAUAAAAAUACCAUUACCACAAGUAUCUAUAUUUCCUGAUGGUAAUUCUCCUUUUAUUCGUGGAACUAUUAGAACUGUUAACUGUUCUAUUGUUUUCACUCCUCCUUUACCUACUAAUCCUAAUGUCUCAUUUACUCUCUUCAAAGAUGGUGCUCAAGUAUCAUUUGAGAACAAUUCCAGAGUAAUAGCAGUUCAGAUUGGAACUACUGGUGCUCUUACCUUUCAACCACUCAAUUUCUCUGAUGCUGGUAACUAUACAUGUACUGCUACAGUCAAAGAUAGUGCUAAUAAUCCAUUAAUAAUAUCAAGUAGUGCUACUGAUGAAUACAUUGCUACUAUACCAGCUAUUCCUGUUCCUAAUAUCAUAUUCACUACUACUACUGGUAGAUCACUGGGAGAGAGUUUAACUCUUAAUUGUACAGUUGAUGUGCUAGAUAACCUUUUAACUUUUAAUUGUACAGUUGAUGUGCUAGAUGACCUGUACAAUAUUAGUGUUAAUAUCAGUAUAGUAAUAAAUGGAGAACUCAUUACUAGUACUACUAGAUCUGGUGAUACUACAGCAAUGACUAUGAUUGAUUCAAUAAGGUCAUCUGAUGCUGGAGACUAUCAAUGUAUUGUUAAUAUCACUCAACCUGAUAUAGACUAUGAAUUUAAUGGAGUGGAAUCUACUCAAGUGAUACUAACAUUACCAACUCCUUCAGUUAUUGUUGAGUAUAAUGCUACUGGACAUUUAGUAGAUGGAGAACUAGCGGAAGGACAGUUUCUUAAUAUUAUAUGUAUAGCUGACAUUAGUCAAUAUAUUGAUACUAGUGUUAGUGUUACUAUGAGUUGGAGGAGAAAUAACACUGUACUGACCAAUGGAAGUGAUUUUACUAUCAGUCCUCCAGUUAUGACUAAUAAUCAGUACACUGGUGUGUUACGUAUUAAUAGUUUAAGAGAUGAACUUGAUAAUGGUGCUAGUUAUAAUUGUUCAGUUAGUGUGACUCCUAAUACUCCUUUUAUAUUAGCAGGGAAUGAUAAUAGCAGUGCAGCUACAUUAACUGUAUCAAAUUUUGAUAUCAACCAUGUUGAUAUAAGUAUCAAUAUUCCUUCUGUUCCUGUUGCUGGUGAUGUAUUUAGUUUAUUUUGUGUUAUAGUUGUACCUCCUAAUUUUGUUGAGAAUCUUACUAGUGUCAGAUGGACUUAUGAUUUAGAAGCAUCUCGAGAUGUGACUAGUGAAAACAAUGAUGCUAGACUAGUACCUGUUGUUAGAAAUGGAAAUAUAUUCACCAGUGUACUUACACUUGAUCCAGUGAAGACAACUGAUGCUAGACAAUAUUACUGUCAAGCAACAAUUUUAGUAUUUAGUACUGUAGAUCGUACUAACAGAGAUUUAACUGUUCAAAUAUCUCCUCCCAGUGUAUCAAUAGUUGCUGAUCCUCCAACUGGUCCAAUAUAUGAGAGUACAAGUUACUUACUAACCUGUACAGCUACAGUAAACACUACAAUAGUGGAUACACCAGUAACUGCUAGUGUAGUAUGGACUGAUCCUAGUGGUAAUGUAAUACCAACUAAUGAAGCAAGACGUCAAGUGAUACCUCCAACUGGUAACAGUCUUGUAAGCAUGCUAUUGUUUCAACCUAUUGAUACUGGUCUUAAUAAUGAUGGAGGAACAUAUAUCUGUCAAAUGAUCAUCAAUUCUGGUAACUCAUUAAUAGCAUCAAGUCAACCUACUGAUACUACCUUUGCUGUUACCAUUGAAAGUCUUCCUCCAAUGACAGUAAAUUUCUCAUCAGUUGGUUCAGUUGAAGUUGGUCAGAGUCUAACUAUAACAUGUACCAUAACAACAGUUGAGGGAUUAGUAGUAAAACCAAUGAUUACUUUCUUUAAAAUAAAUGAUACAGAUAUGGAAAUGCUCUCUAACUUAAAUAGACCAUACAGUAUCACAACAGAUGAUACUGGUUCAGUUACUAACUAUACUCUAAUACUGGAUCCAGUGAGGUUUGAAGAUGCUGGAAUGUAUACAUGUAUGGCUGAGUUUAAUGUAACUGGUUUUAAUAAUACCAAUGAUCCUAGCACUGCUACUAUUGACUAUCAAGAAGCUAGUGAUGUCUUUAGUGUGAUUGUUGAUUUUCCGCCAAUACUUGUUACUAUAUCAAAGGAACGUGAUGAUACAUUAUAUGCAGGGACACCAUUCUUCAUUAAAUGUGACAUAAUGUUAAAUCCAUUAGUUACUAUACCAGUGACUGUCACUAAUCAAUGGACACGUGAUGGUACUAAUGUUCCUAUGGGUUCAUCUGAUGCUACUAUUACUGAGGGUCUCAAUAUGAUCAAUACAUUACAUUAUAAUGCAACAUUAAUGUUCUAUCCAUUGGAUAAUGCUGAUGAUAGUGGAGUGUAUACUUGUAACAUUGAAGUGACUGCUCCUAAUAGUUACAUGUUUUUUACAAAUACAUCAGCUAGUGCUAAUAUUUCUAUUACAGUUUAUGAAUGUAGAGAUCCAAAUCAUCACAUUUCUGUGAAUGUAUGA